AUGGCUACUUAUGCCGUUGAUCUGCAAAAAGAUCUCCUGUUCCCCGAUCUGACCAAAUUAUGUCGAUCUGUUAUUGCCGAAAUCCUCAGCAAUCGCCUUCCUGGGGCGACCCCUUCCCAAAAGGAUGUCAUCCAAUGCAAGCUUGGCUCAAGAGAUCUGGCCGCUUAUCUCGUAUCGUUUGUUUGCCCUGAGAUCAAACAUCUUCAAGGGAAAUUGGUCACGCGGGAGCGCCUGGACAUAAUCAAGGACUUGCAAGUCAAGGAUGGCAAUGACUGGAGCGGGACGUCUAUGGGAUACCUAGACUACGUGACAGACAGUCGAAAUCCCGGCUACAUUCGAAUGUAUGUUGGUCAGAGUCUUAAAGCACCCCGAAGGCUUUUCAGUCAGCACAGCCAGUCGAUGUUGAAAGGAGACACCUCAUGCCUCCAUUACUUCGUCGUCUGGCUAGGAAAUGGUAGACGCACAGCCAGUUUCAUCAGACUAUGGGAAUUCCCUCGUGGAAAAGGGGAUUCUGACACGAUGGGGGAUAUAAUCCAACGGAACAUUCUUGAGGCAGUUCUCUGUCGAGCCUUCUCUACUCAUCACGGAAGUCUUACGAUAUGUGAUGAAGAGUCUGGCCUUGCAUCAGGAUACGGUCUGAACGUCAUGACACCACUUGCCCAGGCAAGUGCUGUCGGGGACUAUCUUCAAGCAGUCUCAAAGUCUCAAAUGGCGGUAUCCGCAGACCCGCAAAUUCGAUAUUAG